UAUUUUUACGUAACACACAGACAAAAUGACUGUAUGUAAAGGAGCGCGAGUCACUAGAUUAUCCUGUACCGACGACUGUAAGGAUGCGUUGACAUUUUUUGUAUUUUUUACUUUUGUGGCGUAUCUGUGAAUGUCACACACAGGCAUGUCGUUGCAAAGACUAGAUCAAGAAUAUGCUUUGGAGGAAAGGGGAAGGUUUUUUAUAGCACGUGAAACAGAAGGCGACUGGGACGAACAAGACCACGUCGAUCAUCGUCAACUUGUUUUAUCCAAAGCUGAUGCUUUAGCGUCGGAAAAUCGUCUUAAAGAGGCUGUCGAUAUGUUUUCCAUGGCUCUCCGAUAUGGUCCGGUCCGUCCGGACCAGCUGAGCAGUUUAGUCGGAUGCGUUCUGCGCAACUUCAAGAAGAAAGCAGAAGACUCGUCAGCAAAAAGUGAGCCGAACUGUAACGUUACUCAGGAUUGUGUAUUCGACUGCCCUGGCUGUCACAGUUUCGUAGCCGAGCCCGUGACGGUGACUUGUGGACAUACUUAUUGCAGGAGAUGUUUACAGCAUAGCACUUUUUCUAAAUGUAAACUGUGCAGUGAAGAUAUAAGGAGGAGGCCCGGGGAACCCCGACUGAAUGUGAUCCUAUGUGGACUUUUAGAAAAGUUGUUCCCUGAAGACGUGAAUAGAAAUAAAAAUUUAGGGGAAGCUGAAAGCCUAUUGAAGAGUAAACACUACAGCACUGCUAUUGCACUAACCAAUCAAUUAUUAGAAUCUGACUCUAGUAAUGUGUGGGUGCGGGUGUGCCAUGCCGAGGCUCACAGAGGACUAAAGCAGUACUGUCAGGCUUUAGAAAACUGGGAGGCCUGCCUGAUUGCAACCCCAUCCCCAGAGGGAUAUUUCCAGAAAGGAAAAAUUCUCCAAGAGAUGGGUCAUGUAGAUGAAUCUCUGCAGGUCUUCCUUCAGUGUUUGGCUUUGGAUGAAAACUUCCAUCAGGCCAAACGAGAAGUGGAAUUGAUUUUGCAUGACCUGUUGGCUCUAGCCUGUGAUAAUGUCAAGGUUGGUUUGAGAGAGACGACCCACAGCACUUCCUCACACUUGCGCAGUAAAACUCUGGUGUCUGAGGGCCAGGAUCAAGACCAUCAGACCCAGUUGCAAGCCCGGCACCAGUCUGUCCCACCAGCAGCAUCUACCCAUCUGCCCCCUACAACCACAGAGAAACCAGGUCGGUCUGAAAGACUGGAGCGCUCUGGCCUGAGCAGAGCUCACUCCCUUCGUGCUCACGGGAUAGGGGGAGCUGUAGAGGAGGGGCUUAAAAGAGUUAGCUCCGCCCCCCAGUUGGGUGACCCAGAAAAAGGGGUGCUGCUGAAAAGGAAGCUGUCUGUGUCUGAAGCAGGGCCUGGCAUGGCUUACAACCACAGCAGUAAAUAUAAGAAACAAGUAGCGACUGCCAGUGCAGCUACUCCUGUGGUUACUGAGGAAACCAAGUCCCAUCGAACCCUGCCGAAAGACCUGCUGGACCCGAAUGAUUUUGAAUGCGCUCUCUGUAUGAGAUUGUUUUAUCAGCCUGUCACUACACCCUGUGGUCACACGUUCUGCAAAAACUGUUUGGAGCGCUGUCUAGACCACAAUCCCCAGUGCCCUCUCUGCAAAGAAAGCCUGAAAGAGUAUCUUGCCUUCAGAAAGUACACAAUCACACAAGUGCUGGAUAACAUCAUUAAGCAGCAUCUAUCCAAGGAACAUUCAGAGAGACUGAGGCUGCAUGCACAGGAAACAAAAGAGCUCUCAGAUUUAACAAAAAAUGUGCCCAUCUUUGUUUGUACCAUGGCCUACCCCACUGUGCCUUGCCCCCUUCAUGUGUUUGAGCCACGAUACCGUCUCAUGGUCCGACGCUGCAUGGAAACCGGGACACGUCAGUUCGGCAUGUGCAUCAGCGAAACCCAGAAAGGGUUUGUGGACUACGGCUGCAUGCUCCAGAUCCGCAGCGUGCAUUUCCUCCCAGAUGGACGCUCUGUUGUGGAUACAAUCGGAGUAAAGAGGUUUCGCGUCCUCUCACGUGGAAUGAAAGAUGGAUACUGUAUCGCCAACAUCGAGUAUCUGGAGGAUAUGAAAGUCAAUGAUGAGGAGGAUUUGGACAAGCUACAAGUGUUACAUGAUCAGGUGUACGAUCAAGCCCGUAAAUGGUUCCAGAACCUGGAGAACCGCUUCCGGAACCAGAUCCUGCAGCAUUUUGGGCCAAUGCCUAUGAGGGAGGCUGACAUCCAGGCCACACCUAAUGGUCCAGCGUGCUGUUGGUGGCUGCUAGCUGUUCUUCCUGUUUGUUCUCGUUACAAUAUGUCUGUCCUUUCCAUGACAACACUAAAAGAACGUCUAGUCAAGAUCCAGCACAUCCUCACCUACCUGCAGAAACUUUCCAGCAACUAGAGCUUCCACACAAACACACACAGAACUCUACUUCCACCAGCUAAUGUCUGUGUCCUUCUGCUGGCCAACAUGCAAAAACUCUAUGGUGCUGAAUGAUGAAGAACUAAUGAGAAUUUAGGGAGACUCCACUGAAAGCCUGACACAGAUUUCUACCUGUGGGGUUAGAUGUAAUUCAUGCCGAGAGUUCGAAGAACAAAGUGUUUUUCCUUGUUUCAUACUAAUCUGUAUAUCAACAUCUGACUUGUCUUUGUGCAGAUCCCUGUAGUAUUUAUUGCUGAACAGCCUGUCCGUUCUCAUUUAGGAGAAACAAUCUACUUAAAAUCACAUUUCCGUCUAAUGCCUAUAACCUCCAGACAGUGCUCUAAGGGCAGAAAUAUUGCUGGAGAGCAUUCCAACAUUUUUAACAUGAUCACACCAUGCUUUGUGUGAAGUAGACAGGGAGCAUCUGCAAAAACAACAUUUUCAAGGUAGAUUUUUAGGCACCAAGGCAGAAGGCAAGACCAUUUUGAAUAUAUUUUCUUCUUCACUUAAUACUCUGGAAAAACAAAAGCAGAAAUAUUGCUUCCGAGCAUCUAGCCGAGCUUUCGUACGAGAAGUCGUUGACGCACAACAGCUUAAUUGCCUAAGACAGAGAAAACUCUGAUGAUGCACUUGUAUUCAUUUAUGUUGCUUUUGCAGUAAUGGACAUUAAUGAAGCUAACACUGUCCCAUCCUGUCUCAAGCUUUCAGCUCAGAGAUGGGCAUGAGACUGUUUAGCAUAGAUUUAUUUCUGCCGGGGAAAUAAUUAGGACUUCCAAAUAUCUCAAUAGUUUAGUUCAGACGUAUCAUUCAUUUGCUGUGGGUUUGCUUUGGUCAAACAAAACAGCAUAACCAACACGUCUCCAUAUUGCAAGUGUCUCUGUUAGUUGCAAGCUGCUCUUUGUCAAAUUCUUUAGAAGUCAUUUUAAGAUAUUGCUGAGAUACUGAUAUAUUUUAUUUGUGUAAACAAAGGGAAACUUGCAAUAUUUUGACAGUAGACUGUAGACAAGUGAAAAACAAACUAUCGUUGGCUGCAACCAACACCAUACUGAAGGGAGACCCAGCAAGCAUUCUACAUAUUGACAGUGAUGAAUGCUAACUCACCUGUGUGGUGCUUGUGUGCAGACUAACUUUUGCCUUAUAAUACCUUGCUGCAUUCUGCUCCUAUGGUAUAAUGCAUUUGCUUGGGUUUUUGCAUUCCUGUUGAUGGAGAAAUAAUUCUGUGGUUUAAUUUACUUCAUUCGCCUCUUGGCCAAAAUCCUUUCAGUGUGAGAAAUAUGUCAGAUAAUGGCUUUGAUGUAUGUAAAUCAUUUUGUUUUGAAAAAUAUUUUUUUUACAGCUCUGCUCAAAUAUUUAAGUUGUCAAUUUUCAAAUAAAACGCACAUCUUUUCAA